CUUGCGCAGACGGAGCCCGGCUUGCCUUUUGCUGCUGCUGCUGCUGUUUGUAGGGGGAGAUUCUGCUGCCUGCCCGAGCCGGACUGAGCUGCCGACAUCAUGUCUCUCUCCACCAAGCUCACGCUGGACAAGGUGGACGUCAAGGGCAAGCGGGUGGUCAUGAGGGUUGAUUUUAACGUCCCAAUGAAAAACAACCAAAUAACCAACAACCAAAGAAUCAAGGCAGCUGUCCCGACCAUCAAGCAUUGCCUGGACCACGGAGCCAAGUCCGUGGUGCUGAUGAGUCACCUGGGCCGACCUGAUGGAGUCCCAAUGCCUGACAAAUUCUCCUUGCAGCCGGUGGUAGCUGAACUCAAAACACUGCUAGGCAGGGAUGUCCUUUUCCUGAAAGACUGCGUGGGCCCGGAGGUGGAGAAGGCUUGUGCUGAUCCUGCAGCAGGCUCAGUCAUUCUUCUGGAAAAUCUGCGGUUCCAUGUAGAAGAGGAAGGAAAAGGGAAGGAUGCCUCAGGGAACAAGAUCAAGGCUGAUUCUGCAAAGGUGGAUGUUUUCAGAGCAUCUCUUUCUAAACUAGGAGAUGUCUAUAUCAAUGAUGCUUUUGGAACUGCGCACAGAGCUCACAGUUCCAUGGUAGGUGUCAAUCUUCCUCAGAAAGCUGCUGGUUUUCUGAUGAAGAAAGAACUGGAUUAUUUUGCUAAAGCCCUAGAGCAUCCAGAGCGUCCUUUCCUGGCAAUCCUUGGUGGAGCUAAAGUUCAAGAUAAGAUUCAGCUGAUCAAUAACUUGCUGGAUAAAGUCAAUGAGAUGAUUAUUGGGGGCGGAAUGGCGUUCACCUUCCUGAAAGUGCUCAAUAACAUGGAGAUUGGCAAUUCCCUGUUUGAUGAAGAAGGGUCGAAAAUCGUCAAGGAGCUGAUGGCGAAGGCAGAGAAGAACAGUGUGCGGAUUACUUUGCCUGUAGACUUCAUCACGGCCGACAAGUUUGAUGAGAAUGCAAAGACGGGCGAAGCCACUGUGGCUUCUGGGAUCCCUGCUGGAUGGAUGGGCUUGGAUUGUGGUCCUGAAAGCACGAAGAAGUUUGUCGAAGCUGUGGGCAGGGCCAAGCUAAUUGUGUGGAACGGUCCAGUGGGUGUGUUUGAGUGGGAGAAGUUUGCCAAAGGAACCAAGGCCGUGAUGGAUAAAGUGGUGGAAGUUACCAGCAAGGGCACCGUCACUAUCAUCGGUGGCGGAGACACUGCUACAUGCUGUGCUAAGUGGAACACGGAGGAUAAAGUUAGCCAUGUGAGCACUGGAGGUGGUGCCAGCCUGGAGCUUCUUGAAGGUAAAGUCCUUCCAGGUGUCGCUGCUCUGAGCAAUGUGUAAUGGGUAGCACCUGGGAUGGAUCGGAGCCUCUUCCCUAGUAUGUUCCUGUGCACUCAGCCCAUAAAGCAGCCACCACAGCGCUUCUGUGUCUGUACAAGCAGCAGAUCCCAGAAUGUAAACUGGAAGCAGACAGCAGGAGGAGGAAGUUGAUGAAGAAGAGGUGAAGCGAGUGGCUGUUUUGCGGAGUCUGCCGUUUACAUGAUGUUGAUUUGUCCACGGUUACCCCACCUGGAACUACUGUAGUGUGUUCAAACGGUUUUUGUGGAUUUAGAAUGUAUAUAUUUAUAUUUUUGCCUUUUAAAAGAGGCCAAGUCCCCCGUUAGUUGUCAGUUUCUCAAAACAAAUGGCCUCCGUCUAGCUUUCAACAGUGUUCUUGGCUUGCUGCUGUUUGUCUCUUCACGCAGUCCACAAGCAAGAAAGAGGGAAACCAGAUUUCUGGAUGUUGACUUCAAAACUAGCUUCUAAAUAAAUGUCUGAGAUGCUAACUGA